AUGAAUCGAUAUGGGCGAUCAUGCGUGGUAGUGAGGGAUCUGACCGGGUCGCACGUGACAGUGGAGGCGACGUGCGACAUGCGAGUGGGCGAUGCGAAGCGAGUCGCUGCUGGAGCAAUGAACAAGGACGCGUCCCUGAAACACGUCAUCUUCCAUAAAGGAUCUCGCCUCAAGGACUCCACCCGAUUGGUCGACAUUCCCGGCCUCCUCCAGCCUGGAUCUGCCACGUCAGCAUCUGCCAGCGCUUUGACGCCAGGGACCCCAUCUAUCCGUGCUGGCAGCUCCAUCCCCAUGAAUGGCGGUUUCCAUGGCGAGCCUCAUGCUUCUUCUGGCGCUGACCCCAAAGUCUGUGGCUCUGAGUCUGCUACUGCAGACGCUUUCCUGGUUCUGAUGAGCUUUCAGCGCAAGGAACAGCAACAGAUGGGUCCAGUGCUGUCGUCGCAGCACGGGGGAACGCCACGCCGUGCCGCUGCUGCCACGUCAUUGACUGGUCCACGUGGCACCGGCACAGCCGUUGGGUCUCCUCGCCUUCCGAAUUCCAUCCCGUUUUCGCCAUCUGCUCAUCCCCCACCUCCUUGCAUUGUUACAUCUAAUCAGCGAUUCCCUCCAAAUGGAAGAGCUCAGAGUAACGCUGUUGCUGCAAACAAGGGAUGUGCAGUAGAUGUGGUGGAGCAGCGGAUCAGUAGCAACCCUCCUGAACCGACUGCACCAAGGAAGGAUGGCGGGGUGCGGCGGACUGAGUCUACUGAGAUUGAUAAUGGCAGUCAGACGAUGAAGGAUUAUCUUCUGUCGGGUGCAACCUGCAGCAGAGAAGGUCUGGCAUCCGCUCGUUCGGCGUCGGCCCCACCAUCUCCUCCACCAGAGGGAGUACCAGUGCUGGGACGGCCAUCAGCAUCGCCACCAGCGCCAGCAGCACCACCAUUGCCAGAAUCGCCACGACUGCCGCCAUCGCCAGCAGCAUUACCAACCCCUACAGCACCAAUCUGGCCCGCCUCCCCUCCUCGCUACCUGCCCUUCCAUGCUGCUCGCACACGUCAGCUCGGUUCACCUGGCACUGACGUGGCCAAGGGCACGGUGGCAAGGGAUUGUGGGGAGCAUGCUAGCAGCGGGAGACAACAAGGCAUAGGGACAGUGGGGCAUACAGCAACCCGUGCAGGCAUUGGGAAUGGCGUUACUGACGUAAGGGAUGGUACUAUUAACACAAAGACUGGUGGCAUGGACAAAGGGAAUGGUGGCACUGACAUCAUGGAUGGGUCAAGCAUGGGGGUUGAUAAUGACAUGGAGAAGGGCGGUAUGGCGAGUAAGGUGGAGAGGCGAGUGGGGCGGAAGAGAAAGGCAGAGAGGAAGGAAGAGCAGACAGCAGGCAGGGCGGGGUUGCCUCACAGUGUUGCCGUGCUGGACAGCAAGUUUGGGCUGCUUGCUGCAGUGUAUGGAUUCUUGGAACAGCGGACAGUCAAGGCCACGUGGAAGCGGCUGGAGGGCGCCCUGAAGGACCUCGGGAGGGGGACAGAGGCCGAGGCCGUCACUCUGCAAGACAUCAGGGACAUGGCAACUCUGGCCCCUUCGGUGGUUUGGACGUGGGAAGAGGAAGACGAGGAUGAGGAAGAGGGGAAAGAGGGGGCAGAGGGGACACGGGAAGGAGAGGUGGAAGCAGGAAGAGGGAGUGAUGGAGAGGAAUCGAGUGAGGGGGAUGUGGAUUAUGCAGAGGAAAAGAGUGCCGGUAGCUGGGGAGGGGAAAAGGGGCGAGGAGAAUGGGAGGAGGAAAGAAUUGGCGAGGGGCCAUGUGGACAGAGAAGGGGAGAAAGGAAAGAAGAUAGAAGGGAAGGGAGGAGAGCAGAAAGAAAGGGAGGGGAGAAGGGGAGAGGGGAUGGAGGUGGGCUGGUUGUGGUGUUGGGCAUGUGGGAUCCGUCUCGACUGCCAGAGCAGCAGAUCAAACGUGGAGGCAUGCUGCUGCAAGGCACACAGCAACGCACACCACGUCGCAGUGCUGUCAAGUUGGCAGACAAGAGGAGGGCCGCCUUCCACUCGGCACUCACAGCAGCCCUCCACCGAAUCCAUGCUGACUUCCUCGCCCACGUUCUCCCUCCUGCGCCACAGUCACAGCCCACUCUGCAUAUCCGCCCUCCUGUGCCACGGUCGCAGCCCACAUCGCAAAUCCACCCACCUGUGCCACAGUCGCGCCAUUCGGCCUGUCCUGUUACCGCAGCUUCUGGCCGGGGCUUGCGAGGAGAGGAGAGUCAACAUGCGGCAGCUGGUGCAGGGGAGGUGGGCAGCGAGGUGGUGCCGGGGGAGGGCGAGGACAAGGAUGAGGAUGAGGACAAGGAUGCGGGCAGUGCAGUGCACAGAGAGAGAAGGAUGGGGGGGAAGAGGCGCUUUGAAACAGCGGGAGACGACGUGGAAGAGAGUAGUCAAGGGAAGGGGGGAGAAGCGAAGAAGCAGGGGCGUACUGGUGUGAAGCGGAGUGCGGGCAGCAUGGCAUGGCAUGCAGACUUCCCUUUUGAAGACAUCUCUGUGUCCAUGCUGCUCGCUGAAGCGGCCUCUUUCCAUUCCUCUCAGUAUACUGAUGCUCAUGGGCAUGCAGGGCAAGGGGGAGGAGGGAAGGGAGGUACCGCGAAACAGCAGAGGGAGGCACGGGUGGGGAGGCAGAACAAGCAGCGGAGGAAAGGAGGGGCAGCUGGGGAUGAGUCUGUUAAGACUGGAGAGGUGGAGGAAGGUGCAAUGGAGAGUCGGGAAGGGGCAGAGGAGGGUGGGAAGAAGGGAGGCUGUGAUGGUGGUGCUGGUUGUGGUGGUGAUGAGUGGUGGGAAGAGGCAGGCAUUGGGUCGCAGCGAUACACACCUCCUUGUCCGCCCAGGCAACUCAAGAAAGUGCCUCCUUGCAAUGUGAGUGCUGCUGUGAUCUCAAAACUCGUCGUCCGUCUCCCCCUCCCACCUCACACCCCUGCUUCUCCCUCUCCUGUAACUCCGUUGUCUGUCCGCAUCCCCCCCGCAUCUCCCUCCCUCUGCUGCGCCGGGCAUCAGAGCACGGAGCCCAUGGCUGCACCGCAGCUGCUGGAGCAUCUCAAGCACGGCCUCGGAUCACUGGGGCAGGUGGUGCACUGCGAGGAGCUGCCACAGAGGAAACCGCGCUAUGGCAAGCUGGCCAGCCAGUUAUGCCCUGCCACGUGGCACGCCUUGGCUUGUGCGGGUGUCUCCCAGCUCUAUUCCCAUCAGGUGAAGGCCAUUGACGCGGCACUGGCCGGGCGGCAUGCAAUCAUUGCGACGGCAACAGCGAGUGGCAAGUCGCUGUGCUACAAUGUGCCUGUCCUCCACUCGCUGCUCUCCCACCCCCACGCCACCGCCCUCUACCUCUUCCCCACUAAGCCCCUGGACCCUGCCUCUCCUCUAAGGGGCGCCUCUCCUCUAAGAGGCGCCUCUCCUCUAAGAGGCGCCAAUCCUCUAAGGGCCAUCCAGCCCUCCUCUCCCACCUCGCUUCCCUCCACUCCCCUCGCUUCCUCCUCCCAAGGGCCAUCCAGCCCUCCUCUCCCACCUCGCUUCCUCAACUCCCCACGCUUCCUCCUCCUAAGGGCCAUCCAGCCCUCCUCUCCCACCUCGCUUCCUCCACUCCCCUCGCUUCCUCCUCCGAAGGUUCAUCCAUCCCUCCUCUCACACCUCGCUUCCUCCACUCCCCACGCUUCCUCCUCUAAGGGGUGCCUCUCCUGUAAGGGGCGCCUUUCCUCUAAGCGGCGCCUCUCCUCUAAGAGGCUCCGCUCCUCUAAGGGGCGCCUCUCCUCUAAGGGGCGCCUCUCCUCUAAGAGGCGCCUCUCCUCCCAGGACCAGCUGCGAGCACUGCAUGCGUUGGUGGGUUGGGAGGGGGGAGAAAACGGGGCAGAUAAUAUGGGCGAGGGCAGUGGAACAAUGCUGGGGGCUGGCAAGAAGACAGAAGCUGACGUGGCAGGAAGAGUGGGAGCUGACGUGGCAGGGGAGAGGCAGGAAGGGGAUGUGUGUGGGGAGAGGGGGAGGAGUGCAGCGGGGCAUGUGGCAGUAGAAGCGCAGUUGAGAAGCCUGGGAGAGGUGAUGGCGAUUUAUGAUGGUGACACGCCCCAUGCUGCUCGGCGGGCCAUCCGAAACAAGUCUCGACUGGUGAGCCAAUCUUUGUGGUGGUGGAUGAAGCUCAUGCGUACAGGGGCGCGUUUGGCUGCCAUGCUGCUCUCAUCUUCAGACGCCUGCGCCGUCUUUGCGCUCAUCGUGGUGUACGGCUCAGAUCCGAUCUUCAUAGUGUGCUCUGCCACGUGUGCGGACCCCAAGGACCAUGUACGAUCCCUGCUAGGCCUGGAGGAGGUGACAGUGGUGGAUGGCAGUGACGAUGGCAGCCCGUGUGGUCGCAAGAGCUUUGUGCUCUGGAACCCGCCCAUCACCAUGCCGCCUGCUGCAAGGCCUCUGCGCCGCAGCUCCCGAAGGCAGACGCCGCAGCUGCUGCAACCACCCGCUGCUUGUGCACACGUGAUGAUGGCCAAGCGAGCCAGCCCCAUAGUGGAGGUGGCGCUGCUGCUAGCUGAGAUGGUACAGCACGACCUGCGCUGCCUCGCCUUCUGCAACACCAGGAAGCUCUCAGAGCUCGUCCUCACAUACACCAAGGAGGUGCUGCGGGAGAGAGCGCCACAUCUGGUGGACACAGUGCUGGCGUACCGGGCUGGAUACACCGCUCAGGACCGGCGGCGCAUAGAGAGGGAGCUGUUUCACGGGCGCCUCCGUGGUGUGGCAGCAACGAGCGCAUUGGAGCUAGGAGUGGACGUGGGGGCACUGGACGCCACCCUGCACCUCGGCUUCCACGGCUCCACCGCCAGCCUCUGGCAGCAGGCGGGCCGGGCAGGCCGCCGGGAAAAGGCCUCUCUUUCCAUCUACGUUGCCUUUGACGGGCCUCUCGAUCAAUACUUCAUGGCGGCUCCUGAGAGGCUGUUCUCUCGGCCAAUCGAGCGCUGCCAGCUGGACGCGGAGAAUCCCCUGGUGAUGCGGCAGCAGCUGCAGUGCGCUGCGGCGGAGAUGCCGCUCCUGGAGGAUGUGGAUGGGAGGUUCUUUGGCCCGUCAUUGGCCGAAAGGAUUGCUGAGCUGGCAGGGAAGGGCGUUCUCGGGAGGAGUCCGGAGAAUCCCGAGGUGGACCGUGGGUGGAGGUACAUUGGGGAGGGGAAGCGGCCGGCGCAGUUUGUCCCGGUGCGGGCGAUCGACCCGAACACAUAUGCGGUGGUGGAGACGAGACCGGGGAGAGUGCUGGAGGAGAUUGAAGAAAACAAGGCCUUCUUUGUGCUGUACGAGGGAGCAGUGUACCUGCAGCAGGGGCGAACCUUCCUGGUGACUUCCCUGGAUCUAGAGAAGCGGGAGGCACGGUGUGUGCGGGCGGAUGUGCGGUAUUACACCAAGACGAUUGACAUGGUCACUGUGACUAUAAUGGGGGGCACUCUGGCUUUUCCAUACCCACACAUGCCAUCAGCAAAGGCAGCUUCAGCUUCUACUGUUAUGACGUCAGCACACACAGUGCUCAAAGAGGCGAUGACCUCAACAGCACACACUGCAGCAGCCUCUGAGCCAAUGACGAAAGCGCACAUGGCAGCAGGCGGUGUGCUGACAUCAGCACAGACGGCACCAUGUGAGGUUACGACUCGGUGGACUGGUUACCGCAAGAUGUGGCGCGGGUCAGGAGAGCCGUUUGAAACGGUGGAGAUGACACUGCCAGAUGUAACGUACGCCACCCAGGCAGUGUGGGUGGCGGUGGCGGGUGGGACAAAGGCGGCAGUGGAGGCAGCGGGGAGUGACUACCGCGCGAGCCUGCAUGCUGCCGCGCAUGCCCUCGCCAACAUGGUGCCCCUCUUCCUCGCCUGCAUGGCAUCAGACAUGGGAGUGGAGUGUGCAUCGCCAUACGACUCCCGCUUCUUCCCCCAGCGUCUCCUGCUCUACGACAAGCACCCGGGCGGGAUAGGCCUCGCGGUGCAGCUGCAGCCUCAGUUCCCCGCAAUUCUCCGAGCUGCACUGGAGCUGGUUUCCAAGUGCCAAUGUAACAUGCCCAAUGGCUGCCCUGGCUGUGUACAUUUUCUAGCGUGUGGAGAGUAUAACGGCGUGCUGGACAAAAGAGGAGCUCAACUCAUCUUGAAGCGCGCCGAUGGGUUCCUGCAGCGCGCGCAGCUGUUGCUGCAGAGCCUCGCGAGCCGCAGCCGGUGGUGGUGGGUGCAGCGGCGACGAGUCGCCGCGUUUGUGAUCCAGAGGAAGGUCGCCUGGGCUGCUGCGGCCGCGCGGCCGUGGACUCCCACGGGGAAGAGCCGACACCGCCGCCGAUGGGGAGGGGGAGGGGGAGGGGGAGGGGGAGGGGGAGGGGGAGGGGGAGGGGGAGGGGGAGGGGGAGCGGGAGGAGGGGGAAAGGGCGCGAAUGUAAACAGUGUACUGGCGGCUCUGGCGGUGGUUCUGUUCGUGGUGAAUUUCAUCCUGCUCUCCUCGCGCAUGGACGGGGCUGCGCGGAGCAAGCAGGCGCGCGGGGUUCAUGGCACGGGGGCGCGGAGCGAGCGCCAGGCGGAGAACGAGGAGGCGGAGGAGGGAGGGUUUGCGGAUGUGACCACGAAUGUGCACGUCCGCCCUGGCACUCGCUCUAAACACUUGCACUUUCCUCACGGCCGUCCUAGCAACCUGCAGUACCGCACCUCUUACUGCCACACCACGCUGUCCCUCUCACCGUCUUCAAUCCCCUCUGCUCUCCACCGCUCUGCCAGCAAUGCCCUGCCAGCAAUGCCCUGCCUUUCCCCCCUAUACCGCCCUGCCUUUCCCCCCUAUACCGCCCUGCCUUUCCCCCCAAUACCGCCCUGCCUUUCCCCCCUAUACCGCGCUGCCUUUCCCCCCUAUACCGCCCUGCCUUUCCCCCCAAUACCGCCCUGCCUUUCCCCCCAAUACCGCCCUGCCUUUCCCCCCUAUACCGCCCUGCCUUUCCCCCCUAUACCGCCCUGCCUCUCACCCCUCUGCCUCCCCGCCUCUCACCCCUCGUGCGCCAUGCAGCUGAGCAGGUGGCACGUGCAGCCAUAUUCGUCGCAGCCAGGCGUGUAUCUGCUGCAGCAACCCACGGACUUCGCCUGUGUGCUGCUCAUCCAGGACGCCUGCUACCUCUUCAUGCAAGGUAAGGCCUCCUCCCUUCCGUUCCCCACGUGCCACCGCCUCUUCAUGCAAGGCAAGUCAAAGCACCACCAGCCACACACGGGGAUCUGGUUCGCCAGGGAUCGAACCCUCGAUCUCUCACAGAUAUCCAUUGUCAACAACGUGUGCCACCUGUACAGUGACAGGCUGGCAGACGCGCUCUACGAGUCCUGGCUGGAGCUGAGCUGGCAUGAGCUGGCAGCGGCCCUCGAGAGAGAGGCGGUUCAUGGGAAAGGGGUGAGGAGGGAGAGGGGGGAAGCAGGGGUGGGGGGAAGAGGAGAGAGAGGAGGAACGGAAGGGAGGGGUAGGGAGAGGCAAGCGUUCUGGAAGGGCAGGCGGAAGGGGAGGGGAGCAGAGCGAGCAGGUGGGGGAGCAGAAGGGGAGGAGGUAGGGGCGGGAGGGGUGGAGGUGGGAGCAGGAGGGGUGGGUGGAGGGAUGAGUGUGGAGGAUGUGAAGGAGGUCGCUCGGUUGCAUGCUGCAGCAGUGCGGAAACGCAAGGCGGUCAUGGCUGCCGCUGCUGCUUCUGGUGCUGCUGCUGCUAGUGCGGCAGCAGGGGAGACGAGCACGCAGCAAGACAACAGCGAAGGGGGCAGCAGAAACAAGGGCAGCAGCAGCAAUGGGGGCGCAUGGGCGCAGUACCAUGUGACCAUGGACCAGUCUGCAACAGGGGACAACGGACUGGGCUACUCACUGGACGCUCUAAACGCUCCAGAAGCUCCAGAAGCUUCUGAUGGGCCGGUGAUGGAGCCGGUGAGGUUGAGAGACCCCAGUGACAACUGGACGCCGCCAGGGACAGGCGCGAAGGCACAGGAGGCGAAGGCUGGUGAGAGGGCUGGGAGAGGUGUGACAGGAGGUGGUGGUGGUGGACGGGAGAGGGUUGAGGUGGGUCUGAAGGGAGGGAAGGUGAGUGGGAAGGGUGGGACGAGGGUGAGAGGAGGUGGUGGAGGAAGGGAGAGUGGGAGGAAAGUGAAGGUGAAGGUGGUGAGUGUUCGGAGGAAGCUGCUGGGAAUCUGGGGGUCCCGACAACGCCACAGCCGGGGGAGGCGCACACAGCAAUCCCACAGGAGAAGCAGCAGCAGCAGCAAUGCUGCCAACACCACCACUUUCACCACCAGCAGCAGCAGUGCGAGCGUGAGCAGCAGAAGCAAAUACCACCUUCCCCAGAUGCACCCGCUGCAGCCCCGGCACACGGCCAUGGACAACCUAGCAGACGGAUUCGCCCAGGAACCCGACGAGCAGCCGCCUGUAGACCUCUCCGACCUCAAACGCCGCUCCCUGCACACGUAUGGGCGGCUGACUAACCACCUGGGCAUGACCCGGUACGUGGGGGUGAGUGAAAGGAGGAGUAGGGAGAGGUUGGUGAGGGGGAUGAGGGGGAGAGGGGUGCGUGUGGGCGUGGUGGCGCGGUAUGGGUCCGCUGUGGGCGAGUUUGGGCGCGCGCUGGUGCCUCUGAUGGAAGUGGCGGGGCACCUGGAGGGGUCGUUGCAGGCACAGGCGAACACAGCGCAGUUGGGUGGGCAGCAGCGUGAAGAAGAACGGCAGGAAGAGGGGAGGCGGCAGGGGCAGGAGCAGCAGGGAGAGGGGCAGCAGGGAGGAGGGCAGCAGAGGCGGGGUGAUGAGGGGGUGGUGGUGUUCUUUCCCGGAGAUGAUUCUAUUCGCUCCCAGUGGACCGUGCAUGCUGCUCGCCUGCUGUUUGGUGACGCCACCCGGGUGGAGGCAGGCAGAGUGGCAGGCCAGAAGGUGUGCUUCCAGAACCUGCUGCUGCCCAUCAACAAGCUGCACCGGCCUCACAGCGCCGACCUCACUCGCCGCCGCGCCUCCCAAGCUUCUCAAGCCAUGUACGGCACUCAGACAUCUCAGGCCACUCAGAACCCAGCAGCCACUCUCCACACCCCUCGACCCACCCACUCACACACUGAACCGCUCCCAGGCACCCCAACCAUCCCAACCAUCCAAAUCCUUCCAGGCACCCCUCACCAAGACGCUCAGGGCCCGUCCCUAGCACCUGCUCUCGCGCUCAUGUCACAAGCCGUCUCGAUACAAGCUGUCUCGCUACAAGCCAUGGCAUCUGCAACUGGUGACAACUCAGGGAGGAGGGGGCCCUCAAUGCUGCAGGAGGGUGCAGGUGCAGUUAUGGAGAGAGGGGAGAGGGUGGGUGGAGAGGGUAACUAUGAAAAUGGGUCAGAAUCACGAGAGCUACUGGGGAUUUAUGAGAGGAGAAUACUGCCAAAGCUUGCCAUCCACGCGUCUCCAGAGGAGAGGCUGGCUGUCGGUGUUGCUGCCUUGCCAUUGGGUGAUAAGCGCCGGGCAGCUGCUCUGGCGAAUCCCCUGGCUGCUGCUGCCGCUGCCGCUGCAGCAGGGGGAGCAGCAGGAGGAGUGUCAGCAGGAGGAGUUGGAGUUGAGGAAGCAGGGAGGCGUACAGACGUGGGUUCCAAGUUGCGCGAGGGAGUGGGGCAGAAGCAGCAGGACGUUGGGGCAAAAGGAAAGAGCAGUGGCAAAGGGAAAGUGAACGAGCAAGGGGAAGAGAAGAGGGAGAAGGAGAGAAAGAGAUUGGCAGGAGUGGAGAGGAGAGAGGAUACACAGGGAGAGGAGGAAGACCCAGUGGCGGAUGCUGAAGCGAUGGCGAGGCAGGAGCUAGAUGACUACUUGGACCAGUACGAGGAGCAACACAGCGCCAACCACGAUAAUGACCAUGACCAUGACAGUCACCGCCGCCCACUCCCCACUGACACCAACUUUCCCACCACUUCCAAUCGCACCCUACCCAGCCUUGCUACUGCCGAGCCUGGUGCUACUGGGAUUGAGUCCUCUCCUCCCUCGUCCACUGGAGCUUUGCAGCUGCUGGUUCCCACUCAAAGGUUUCUAUACCUGCUGCCUGAUAGGGGUGACUCGGGCAGGUUAACGGGCAGCACCGGAAAGGAUUCCUGGCAGGUGACUCUAGUGGAGCGUGACAAUGUGGAGGGGCUGAAGAACCAGCAGGAGGUGGUGGCGCUGAUUCAAGAGGCAUUUCCGGAGCUCCCGGUAGCGAUUGUGCGGCUUGGCAACGUGUCACUGUACGAUCAAGUGACAAUAAUGAAGCGCUCGCUCGUCCUUGUAGCAGUCCACGACCUUAUCCUCUCCACCUCACUCUUCUUCCUGCCACGUGGCGCUGUUCUAUUGGAGCUCUUCCCCUACAAGCUCUUUAGCACGCAGCACAAGAAGCUCGCACUCCGCUCUGGUGCUCUUGCAGUGCACUUUCACGCCGCACAAGAGCUUCUCGCGCUGCUACCCGGUGCCACUCGGUGCCGCACGGUGCCACAAACGCGCGUACACCGCCGGUCGCAAAGGCGUGCUGCCAUGCGCGCUCGCAUGCGGGAUACCGCCGCGCUCGUCUUCCGGGGCGUCGCGAUCGCGGGGAUCCUGCUGUCCGCCACGUGCGCAUCUUCGACUGCUCAUGACCACUCGUUUUUCCCGCCCUUCCGUUCCGCGCAUGCGCUGGAGGGGGAACCCUCUCCGUCGCCCGAGUCGCCCCGCGAAUUGCGGCGCGCUCUAGACGCGGUGAAGGUGGAGUCGAUAGCGGGGCCGGGCUGCGUGAACGCGUUUCCCGCGAAGCCGCUAUGCAAGUUCGUCGACAGCCUCGCGUCGCGCGUCAUCCCCGUGCAGGACGGCGGCUCCGGCAAGACGCUGUCCAUCGGCGUUUACCAGACGUACCAGAAAUUUCACCGCGACCUCCCCGCGACGAAGAUCUACGCGUACGGCGUGAGCGAGAAGACCGCGUCGUACCCCGGGCCAACGAUCGUGGCGAAAAAGGGGGUUACCACGCGGGUUACCUGGUGCAACCGGCUGCAGGACCGGCAGCACAUGUUCACGCAGGACUACACGCUCAUGAAAGACAUGCCCAAGCCGAAAAAGGGAGGCGUUCCCAUCGGUGAGUGCAGCUUGAGCCGACUCUGCCCGCGGUCUGCCCGACUGUCUGUCCGAGCCUUCCUUCCGCCAUUCCUUCCCCCCUCCCCUCCCCACUUCCUUCCCCCCUUCCUUCCAUUCCUUCCCCACUUCCUUCCCCCCUUCCUUCCCCACUUCCUUCCCCCCUUCCUUCCCCACUUCCUUCCCCCUUUCCUUCGCCCCCCCUCUCCCCUUCCCUCCCCAGUGCCGCACCACCACGGCGGCGAGACGGAGAGCAAGUACGACGGAAACCCGCUCGCGUGGUUCACGCAAUUCGGCGAACACGGCCCCACCUUCUCCUCCUCCUAUUCCUCACACUCCUCCAACUCCUCUUACUCCUCUUCCUCCUCCUCUUCAUCCUCCGCCUGCGCCACCUACGAGUAUCUGAACCAGCAGCCGGCCUCCCUCACCUGGUAUCACGACCACACACUCGCGUGGACGCGCCUCAACACUGUAGCUGGGAUGGCGGGGUUCUAUAUCAAAACCGACCCUAACGGGGAUGAGCGGGACAUGAAGUCAUGGCUUCCCCCCUGGAAGCGCACCGUGCCUCUCGCGAUCGCGGACCGCCUGUUCUUCAAGAACGGGUCGAUUAAUUUCCCCAACGUGGGCGUCGAUCCGAAAGUGCAUCCGAAUUGGAUUCCCGAGUACGUAGGCGACACGAUCGUGGUUAACGGCGUGGUUUGGCCGUAUCUGCGCGUGCGCCCCGCGGUGUACCGCUUCCUCCUCCUCGGCGCGGCCAACGCGCGCUUCUUCAACCUCCGCUUCCAGUGCGCCGCGCGCGGAGACUACCCCAACUUCGUCCCCCCCCUCCGCGGAAGCGUCAUCAAUUUCGCGCUCAUUGGCAGCGACGGGGGAUACCUGCAGCGGCCCGUGUUUCUGUCCUCGCUGCUGCUGGCUCCCGGGGAGAGAUACGAUAUUCUUGUUGACUUUGCCGCGGCGCGGCAGGGCGGCGCGUGCAGGGAUGUGAUUGUAACGAAUGAUGCCGCAGCGCCGUAUCCCGGGGGAGAGGCGGUGGAUGGGAACACGGGCGUGGUGAUGCGCUCUCACCCACUCUUCUCCGCUUCUCUCCUCUAUCCACCACAUCCCUUCCAGCCUGUCCCCUCUAUAGACUUCUCCAAGAUCCACAGAGUGCGCUGGAAGAAGCUACUGGAGACUACCAACCCUAUAAGCGGCAUGCCAGAACGAGUCACUAUAGACGGGCUUCGUUAUAUGGACCCAGUAACGGAGAUCCCUGUACAAGGCAGUAACGAGAUCUGGCAUAUCAUCAACCUCUCGGCCGACGCGCACCCUAUUCACUUGCACUUGGUGCAAUUCCGGGUCGUUUCGCGUCGCGCUUUCGACGCCACGGCGUACCAGGCGAACAAGUGCUCCUUCACGAGCAAGAACCGUCCGUCGUGCUUCGUGGGACCGGAGAUGAAGGCGCAGAAACACGAGAUUGGGUGGAAAGACACAGUGCCUGCGCUUCCGGGUCAAGUGCUCACGUUCUGGGUCGGCUGGUAUGGCCAGGAUGGCAAGCCAUUCGAGUUUGACCCUACCUCUGGGCCAGGAUACGUUUGGCACUGCCACAUACUCGACCAUGAGGAUAAUGACAUGAUGCGGCCAUUGAAGAUACGCAAGUAA